AUGUCCGAUGACCUAGCAGACUUCCUAACAGCGUGGGACUUAUCCCAAUAUAUUGAUACGUUUCGAGAGAAAAUUAAAAAAACCAAAGAACAUUCGAUUAAUCAAAUUCUUAAAGAUUAUGUACAAUUGGGAGCUGAAGACAAUGAAGAAGCAUCAAACAUAUCAGCAUUUCUCUGCUUGCCUUUUUUAAUUGGAGUCACAAUUUCUAGAAGUAAGAAGACAAAACUUCAAUGGAAACUUUCAAAAUUAGAAAUGCGGGAUGGAUUCAUAACACACGUUCGAAGUAAUGCAGAGGUACAAGAAACUAUAUCACGUAAACAAGAAAAAUUGUUAGGAUUAGGUCAUACACAGCAACCAUUUAUUAUUAUAGUAGGUCCUACUUUAAGUGAAAUUUCAAAUUAUUUUGUUGUGGUUGAUGAUGUAUUUUAUCAGCUAAACUCAAUUCUAGCUGCUGUUGAUUGUUGCUUUAAAACAACAAUAACAUUUAACGCAGAGUAUCCUGUAGAAUGUGAAACCAUUUGUAAAGUUGUAGACAUUGUGUUGUCAACUUCACUAGAAGAGAAUAGUUGUUUCUUACUAGAGACUUUAAUAGGAGAAAUGAAUGAACUUUAUAUAAAAUAUAGUAAAAAUACACUCAAACCAAAGUUUCAUUUUCUUACACAUUAUCCCUUAAUAAUAAGAAAGUUUGGUCCUGUUGUCCAUUUUUGGUCAAUGAGAUAUGAAGCUAAACAUAGAAUAUCAAAGAUUUCUGCUAGGUCUUCUUUUAAUAGACGCAAUAUUUGUAAAACGUUGGCUAUUAAGCAUCAACUGCAAUUAAACGACAUAUUUACCAAGUUCUUAUUGUGUAAUAACCUUGUUAUAGGUCCUAGUAAAAUAUUACAUUGCUCAAAAUAUAACUUAAUAAAAUCUGAACUCAAUCUUAGUACUGAAGAAACAUUGAUUCGUAUAAGUUGGGCUGAACUUAAAGGAACACGAUACAAAGUGAAUAGUAUUUUGACGAGAGACUUGGAUGAUGACAACCCACAAUUUGUAUAUUCUGUUAAAAAUAUCUAUAUGUAUGGAUCUGAAAACAUCAUUUUUGAGUGUAAUUUAUUAAAUACUGUAGGUUUUAAUGAACAUUUGCAUGCUUUUGAAAUAGAAAUACCAGUAUCAAAUAUGUGUUUCAUUUACCAGGAUUCAUUAAUAUCUCCCAUACCAAACACUUUGAAUGUAACUCCAGAUGGAGUAAGAUAUGUGACAGUUCGAGACCCAUUAUAA